UACUGUCUGUUCCCAUAUCCUUUGAGUUGACUUUGGUUUGCUUAGCACUAGCGAUACUAGAUUCAAAUUUCUAAAAAUGGUGUUGUCAGUUCACGUUGCAUCAAUACCUACUUUCCUUUCAUGCCUAAUUGUUUGGCUUUAUUUUUCUGUCGCGGCAUUAGACUCAUCCCUUCCGCUCUGAAGGGCAGAGAAAUAUAACAUAGAACGCGGCCGAUGACUAAAAAACAGAAGAGCGACAAAAGUAAGUUUCGGUUGUGGUGAGUGUGAAGUUGGAAGUGCAGUGUAAUUUGUCUGUAACUUGAAAGUUGAAUAACCUAAGCAAAGUACAGAUCUGUUAAAAGUAAGCCUCUAUUUUAAGACAGUAGUGCGCGGUAGUGCGUCAUAUAUACUGUGCAAGAUGGUUCCCAUACUUUAACGGCUUAAUGGUACUGAGUGUUAUGAUGUAGGCAUUUCUAGAGUUCGUCUUAUCAAAGGAAUUUAAAUUAAGAUGCUUAGCUCAAUAGUUAAGUGUUCUCGUGGAACAAAAUGCAUUUCGCAGAUGACUCGUUUUAGGCAAUCAAGAAACUUCACGUCAUUGUCUUGUGCGUCGCAUGCGUUAAUUAAAUUUGUAUCAGUAGACCAGUCGAACUGUGUGUAUUCCGCCAGAGGUGCCUUAACAGCAUACCAACAAAAAUAUAAGUGUCCACAUACAGAAUGUGUAAAAUCAUUUAUGAACUUCACUAAAUUUAUAGUAUUGUCACAUCAUGAACAUCAGUCAGUAUUUUUGUUCAGGACAUCCUCAUUUACUCGGAAUAUUGCCACAAAUGGGAACAAACAGACUGAGAAGAGUAAGGUCGAGGAACCAAAUACUGCAGAGGCUCAGAAGUUGUCAUUAUUGCAAAGGUUUAAACAAAUGUAUCGAGAUUACUGGUAUGUGUUAGUGCCUGUACAUCUGAUUACAUCCCUUGGAUGGUUUGCAGGAUUCUACUAUCUUGCAAAGAGUGGAGUUGAUGUUAUUGCCUUGCUUGAGAGCAUGAGUAUCAGUGAGAAAGUCAUCAAUCCUCUCCGAGAUUCAAGCGCUGGUUACAUCGCUAUAGCUUAUGCUCUUUACAAGAUUGCCACUCCAGUCCGUUACACUGUCACUUUAGGUGGCACUACAAUAUCAAUCAAUUAUCUAAAGAAGUGGGGCUACAUCAAACCAAUUCCUCCUCGUGAGAAGCUGAAGGAAAUGUACCAAGAGAAAAAGGCUACUCUGAUACGUGAGACAGCAGAAGAGCUCAAACUGCAGCAGGAGAAGCUUAAGAAAACAAGUGAAAAUAUGAUUAGAGGAUAUAGGGAACGUGCUGGAAAACCUGAGAAAUGAGAAUUGCAGUAUAGUCUUUGUUACUGUACUGUUUAACAUGGAGGUUUUAGGUCUUACAGGCUGCUGUCUGGCAUGAAUGCUGAAGACGACAAUGUAGUUUACCCUACCUACACAAUAAAGUCUUUUCUGAAACAGUGCUGUUAACAUUUUCCUGGAAUUAUUGGAUGUAUGAGGUGUCUUGUGCUGUAAUGUUAAUAUUGAACCCCUUUUAUGUUCACCAAAUACAUUCUGACUGGUUCUCUCAUGAUCAUUAAAAUGUUUACAAAUUCACAGUUUGAGUGCUGUAUUUCAGUAGUCAUAAAAUCACUACAAGAGAUGUAACAAGCAUAAAAUUCUGUUCUUUUACAAAUAUUUCUAUAUGGGGCACUUGGGAACUUGACCUUGAAGUUCAACAUAAGUCCACAUGAUAUAUGUAGUUGUUUUGAACGUUAAGACUACAGACAAUAACAAAGAUUCCAGUUCCUUAUUACUCAAUUUGCAGUAAAUGUGUCAGGGACUUUUCACUGAAUGAAACUGGAAUAGGUACGGAAUGUUACCUAGAUCCUAUGUCAUGUGUGUUGUAGAGAUAUGGGAUUGUCUUGUGGGAGUGUAGGGGAAAAUUCUCUCAUAUUUCUUACACUAGCCAUCUAAAAUUCACACACUUCAUACUGUAAACUCAUAUAACAAUCCUAGCUAUAUAAUACUUCAUCUGCUUUUUCUCCUUUUCAGUCACUGUAUUUCCUCAUGCUGCUUUUAUAAACAGAAUCAGAAUUACAGUAUAGUCGGCAAAAGAAUAUUUAGGUCAGUAUUUUUAUAAUGGAAUAUAAACAAUAGAAGUCGAUGGUGCCGAGGGAAGUCAUAUAUUAAGACUAAAGGCUCCCAACCACCAAAUACGUAGAGUAGAGGGUUCUGCAUGACUAGGCUCAAGAAUUUUGGCUCUUACAAAUGACUUAAUUUUGAAGUAGAAACUGCUUUUCUAUGAAAGAACAUUUUAAACUGAUAUGUGAGAAACCGUAACCACUUUGGAGCCUAUGUCAGUUGUGAGAAUUCCAAGCUGAUGGGCAUUCAGAGUGAAGCUGCUACCUGGUUGUCUUAUGGGAAUUUUUGGGUUUCAGUUCAUGUUAUUUUUAUAAAAAUGAUCUGGGAGGGCUGCUUAGCUAGCUUAUGUAAACUCAAAAGCAGAACAGACUGACAACACUGACACUGACAGAUUUUACCCUGUGAGAAGGGAGUUGUUAGUUGCAAGUGCUUCCAUGUUUGUUUCGAGAAGUUUGUAUUUUCAUAAAAUAUUAAUACCCCAACUACCUUAUCAGUUCACAAAGAAUAGAAAUAUUACUGCAUUUCUGACUUUUAAUAAUAUACAAAGUAACAUGGAUAUACUUAUUUCAUGUAUUAACUUUUAUGAUAAUGCUAAAAUUCUUUAUCCUGGGAAUAGUCUAAUGUUGUAACCAGAUUCAGUUCAAUUUCCUGAUUAAUAAAUGUGUCAUUUUAUAUUAUAAACAAUGGAGCAUGAGCCUGUAGCUGAUGAAAUAUAGUUCUUUGUAUACUUGUA